AUGCAACAAGGAGGUCGAUAUGUGACUACUGCUGCGCUUUCGCAGGUACAGAAAGAGGCCGCGAGGGUUUUGGGCUUCACAGGUGGUUUUAGUUCCGGCGUUAUGAAGACAGUAGAAUUCCUGCCGGAGAAGGUUGCAACGCGGGAAGAUGGCACGCUGAGUUUCCCGUGGACGGCGCGGUACGGCGCGCUGAAUGGGUUCAAGUCAACCCACGGUGGCGCACUGGCAACCCUCGCUGACGCCUUUACACGUGUCCAUUUAGGCGCUGCGGCACCCGGCUCAUCGUUAUCCUCUGUCAGUUUUGAGAUCAGUUAUCUUGCCGCCAUCGGGGAGAAUGUCGAGUGCGCCUGCGUGACGCGUCUCGUCAGCCGGGAUGCAGGCAGUCUGGCGUUUAUGGACUACUCUUUUGAGGAUGAAAAGUCGGGGCAGGUGUUUGCCCGCGGAACGCAUGUGCUUUCUUGCAGCAAGUAA